AUGGUGACCGUUCGGAGGCUAAACAUUAACUUUGGAAGUGACUACCACUACCCAGCAACCAGCAGCCAGAGCUUCCCGCGGGUGGAUCCAGUCACCUGUCGUCCCCAGGAGGGCACCAAGCCGCGGACCCCUUUAAUAAAGGCAGCUGCUGGGGGCGGCGGCCGGGCAGUGGCGGGCGCCGGCAUCCAACGCCCCGAGCGCCCCCGCGGGACGCAGGUCCUCCCGGGCCACUCGCCCGGCGAGGCAGCAGCGCCGCCACCGCGACCCACUCAGCGUGGGCCCUCUGGCCCGGCCAGGAACCCGCGUGGGCCCCGGGAGUGGGGGUCGGACAGGGUCGCGGGGCUGGAGCCCGGUGUCCCAAUCGGGCCCGCGGGGUCGCAGGUCGCUGGGUCUCCAUCCAGGGACACGUUCCGGAGACUUACCUGGGCUCGGCCCUUCCUCUCCCGCAGGGCGCCCUCCCGAUGGCCCAGCGCCGACUCGCGCCAGCACCGGGCUGACACGCCGGCCGCCGCUGCCGCCGCCACCGCCGCCACCGCCGCGCGCGGGGAACUGGAGCACUGGCGACCGGACUCCGCCGCCCCGAGCACGACCCUGCGCACGGAGCAUGCGCACACGCAGACACCCCGGGCCUGGCCGGGCAGUGACACCUGCGAUCAACAGGUCCCGGCAGCCCCGCCCCUCGGCGCCUCGCGCUCGCCCCGCCUCCUCGGGCUGGCCCCGCCCCCACGCUCACCAGCCGACCCCGCCCCGCCCCGAGUUCCUGGGUCGGACUUGCUGGGCGGUAUUCCCGCGGGGGUUCAAUGGGGCGCGAGAUCCCGCGAGAGCCGAGGUUGGAGCAUCUUCCGAAGGCGGGAGCCGGGCGCCGGGCUCGGUCUCGCUGCCGGGCUAGGUGGCUGCAGUGUUUGUAACCCGAGAGAAAGGAUGAAAGGAACGGUCGUGGAAUCACUUGUGUUCAACAGCAACCUGAUGCCAUAGAACGUUGGAGGGAGACUGUGGACGUCUUACCAAGUAGCUGCCUGGCUGUGGGCUGGUGACUUCAGCUCUUCUAACCUCUCUUUCCUGAUCCAGAAAUGGAAGGAUUGGAUGACAGACUUCUAAAUGUGCAUUAAAUAACGACUGGGGACAAGACCCCUACA